UGCUCCAUUGUUUAAUGUCUAGCUUUGAAACAUUUAAAAGUUAAUGGGUUUGAACAAACUAUAUGGGACCCAAGGAUGAUCCGGGUCGGGUUAAAUCUGAUCCGCAUCACCCUUUAUGAUUACCUCAUAAAAGCAUAAACGGAAAACCCUAACGAUUCUCUCUUAUUAUUCUCUCUCUUAGCUUCUGCCAUUUAUUCACUCAACAAAUAUCACGUUGUAGCUGCCGUUUUUCCGUCGGAAAACCUCUCUUCUUUUACCAUUCCAGAUUGCUCGGUCCCUUCCUUCUUCCUGUUUCUUUCUUUUUCCCUUUUAUUUUCUUCCCGUGCUUCAAAAUCCUAGAACCCUCUGUCCUCCGUCGAGAUCCACCAGCACUGACGUCAUUUUCGGUGGCUUCUUUUCAUUUUCUUUUUUAAAACCUCCUUUCCUGUUGCCUAACACCAUUUUUUUCAAUCCGAUCUGCUUCUCUACAAUCGCUGGCGUCUUCUACCUUUGUGUUUUUUUUUUUCCCAGAAAACCGUCUCCUUAAUUUUCUGUCUGAUCUCUCCUCCCUUUUAUUAUUUUUUCCACCCCGAAACCCAUUCUAACUCAUCAUUUCGAGUUAGCAUUUUAUCAUUUAUUCAUUUUAAAAAUUUUUUGGAUUUAUUUGUGUUGAUUUUCUUUCGGGUUUUUUUUUUUUUUUGGUUUAUUUGUGUUGAACAAAAAAAGAUCGAAUAACUGCAAUUUUUUUAGUUUAAGCUUUGAUAGUUGGCACUGUUCGGAAAAGGGUAAUAAGAGGAAGGGUGUUAAAAUGUCUGGACGAUCGGCUUUUGGUGCCCUUGCUGAUGACGAUGAUGGGGUGGUGGUUGACGAUUCCCUAAAUGAAAAGCGUAGAAUUGAGGAGGAGAAUGAUGAUGAUGUGCCCGCCAAAGCUUCGAGAGGGAAAAAGAAGAAGUCCAAGGGGGGAAAGAAGGGUGGAAAUCGGUUUACUGCGGCUGCACUUGAUGACGAUGCGAGUGAGAAAGAGGAUGAGAAGAAAGAUGAGGAAGAAGAUAUUCCUUCGUUUUCUUUCUCGGAUAAGAAAAAGAAGUCAUCCAAGUCUUCUAAGAAGAGUGGUAAUAUGUUUGGAGGGUCUGCUUUUGAUGCAAUUGCUACUGAAGAAGAUGAUGGGGAGGUGGUUGAUGACUCUUUAAAGGAAGAGAAUAAAGUUGAGGAUGAUGAUGAUGAUGUGCUUGCUAAAGCUUUUACAGGGAAAAAGAAGAAGUCCAAGGGGGGGAAGAAGGGUGGAAGUUCGUUUGCAGCCGCUGCACUUGAUGAGCUUGAUAACGAAGAGGGUGAGAAAGAGGAUGAGGAAGAAGAUAUUCCUUCAUUUCCUCUCUUGGAUAAGAAAAAGAAGUCAUCAAAGUCUUCUAAGAAGAGUGGUAAUUCCUCUAGUGCAGCAUUGCUUGAUGAGGAAAAUGGGAGAGACGCUUCCGUAUCUGAAACCCCUGGUGAUUUUGAUGAUUACAAUGAUUCUUCGACGGUUUCUUUUUCAGGGAAGAAAAAAAAAUCAUCCAAGAAGAAAAGCAAUAGCGCUUUUGCAGUCUUGAAUGAUGGGACAGAGCUGCGAAGUGAAGUUAUAGACGAGGCUGAACCCGGACGACUGAGUUUAGGAACUAGUGAUAUUGAAGCUGAUGACUCUAAAACUAACAACAAGAUUGAGGAGGCUGCUGCAGAAACUUCGAAGAACAAGAAGAAAAAGAAAAAGAAUAAGAGUGGAAGGACUGCACAAGAGGAGGAUGAUUUGGAUAAAAUUCUUGCUGAACUGGGUGAGGGGCCUCCUAUAACAAAACCCACAGCACCUCCUUCCCAGGAGGAGAAAGUUCAGGUUCAGCCUGAACCGGUUAUCCCUGCUGCUACAGGUGAGAAGGAAGGUGAGGAAGAAAGUGUGGAGUCUGCCGCAGCAAAGAAGAAGAAAAAGAAGAAGGAAAAGGAAAAGGAGAAGAAGGCAGCUGCUGCCGCUGUUGCCUCAGCUGCAGCAGAUGUUAAGGAAGAAAGUCAAGAGGAAACAAAAAUUGGGACCUCUGAUACCAAAAAGAAAGAUGCUAAGAGUAAAGCUGCUGACAAGAAACUGCCAAAGCAUGUUAGGGAGAUGCAAGAGGCACUUGCCAGGAGACAAGAAGCGGAAGAGAGGAAGAAAAGGGAAGAAGAGGAGAGGUUGAGGAAGGAAGAGGAAGAGCGACGUAGGCAGGAAGAGCUAGAGCGACAAGCAGAGGAGGCAAGGCGUAGGAAAAAGGAAAGGGAAAAGGAGAAGCUCUUAAAGAAGAAGCAGGAAGGGAAAUUAUUGACUGGGAAGCAAAAGGAAGAAGCCCGCCGCCUUGAGGCCAUGAGGAACCAGAUACUGGCCAAUGCAGGAGGCAUGUCUCUGCCUAGUGCAGACAAAGAGGGCGCACCCACAAAACGACCUAUAUAUCAAACAAAGAAGUCUAAACCAGCUCAUCAUGCAAAUGGUGCUGCUUCUACUAAGCCCGAGGAAAAUGUACAAUCAAAGGAAAAACAUCAAGAAGAGCAGGAGACUAAGGACGAGGUGGAUUCUGUGGAUGAUGACAAGGUUGAUGAAGCAGAAUCAAAUAACACGGAAGAAAAAUCCGUAGUUGCAGAUGCUGCUGAAGGGAAUGGAAUGGACGAAGAGGAUGAUGAUGAUGAUGGUGAAUGGGAUGAAAAGAGCUGGGAUGAUGUUAAUCUUAAUAUUAAGGGUGCCUUUGACGAUGAAGAGGCUGAUUCUGAGCCUAGGCCUGUGGUGCAGAAAGACAUAAAGAGUGCUCCUCCAGCUUCACGCAAUUCAGCCCCUCCUGUAGUCACAAAGCCAACGGUCGAGAAAGCAAUGGCUUCCCAAUCAAAUAAAUCUCAGCCUCAGUUUAAAGCUCCAGACAAUAAUAUGAAAAAGAAUACUGCUGUGCAAAAUAAAGCACCCAGAUCAGAUUCUGUUCCUAAACAGAGUGAAGAAAACCUCCGAUCCCCAAUUUGCUGCAUUAUGGGCCAUGUUGAUACUGGUAAAACCAAGCUGCUAGAUUGCAUCCGAGGCACCAAUGUUCAGGAAGGUGAGGCGGGUGGUAUUACACAACAGAUCGGUGCAACAUAUUUUCCUGCUGAGAACAUACGGGAGAGAACAAAGGAAUUGAAGGCUGAUGCCAAAUUGAAGGUUCCAGGCUUAUUGGUAAUUGAUACCCCUGGUCACGAAUCCUUCACAAAUCUUCGGUCAAGGGGAUCGGGUUUAUGUGAUAUUGCCAUUUUGGUUGUUGACAUUAUGCACGGACUAGAGCCACAGACAAUAGAAUCACUCAAUCUUUUGAAAAUGAGGAACACUGAGUUCAUUGUUGCAUUGAAUAAGGUGGACAGACUUUAUGACUGGAAAGUUCGCCGCAAUGCACCAAUAACAAUGGCACUUAAGAAACAAUCUGGAGAUGUUCUAGCUGAAUUCAAUAGGAGAGUUACACAUGUUAUAACUCAGUUCAAGGAGCAAGGGUUGAAUACUGAAUUGUACUAUAAAAAUAAGGAAAUGGGUGAAACUUUCAGCAUUGUACCUACAAGUGCAAUCACUGGAGAAGGCAUCCCUGAUUUGUUAUUAUUACUGGUACAAUGGACCCAGAAAACAAUGGUUGAAAAGCUUACAUUCAGUAAUGAAGUGCAGUGUACGGUCUUGGAGGUGAAGGUUAUUGAAGGCCUUGGGACAACUAUUGAUGUAGUGUUGGUUAAUGGGGUUCUUCAUGAAGGAGAUCAAAUUGUGGUUUGUGGCUUGCAGGGGCCUAUUGUCACCACUAUAAGAGCAUUAUUGACACCUCACCCGAUGAAGGAACUCCGAGUGAAGGGAACAUAUAUGCAGCACAAGGAGAUCAAAGCAGCACAGGGUAUCAAGAUUGCUGCACAGGGCCUUGAGCAUUCUAUUGCUGGCACUGGUCUCUAUGUUGUAGGGCCUGAUGAUGAUUUGGAAGAUAUCAAAGAGGCAGCCAAGGAAGAUAUGCAAUCAGUCAUGAGUAGGAUAGACAAAAGUGGGGAAGGGGUUUAUGUACAAGCAUCUACCCUUGGCUCUUUGGAAGCACUGCUGGAAUUCUUGAAAACUCCUGAAGUAAAUAUUCCUGUUAGUGGUAUAGGCAUAGGCCCUGUACACAAAAAAGACGUAAUGAAGGCCAGUGUUAUGCUUGAGAAGAAAAAUGAGUAUGCUACCAUAUUGGCUUUUGAUGUCAAGGUUACCCCGGAGGCUCGAGAACUAGCAGAUGAACUGGGUGUGAGGAUUUUUAUUGCUGAUAUUAUUUAUCACUUAUUUGACCAAUUCAAAGCAUAUAUUACUGGUCUCAAAGAGGAGAGGAAGAAGGAAGCAGCCGAUGAAGCAGUCUUCCCUUGUGUUCUGAAGAUUUUACCGAAUUGCAUUUUCAACAAAAAGGAUCCAAUUGUCUUGGGGGUGGAUAUCCUUGAAGGCAUCGCAAGGGUUGGCACUCCGAUUUGUAUUCCUCAAAGAGAAUUCAUUGAUAUUGGUCGGAUAGCUUCAAUUGAAAAUAACCAUAAACCUGUUGGUGUUGCCAAGAGAGGCCAGAACGUGGCCAUUAAGAUAGUUGGAUCCAAUCCUGAGGAGCAACAGAAAAUGUAUGGAAGGCAUUUUGAGCUUGAUGAUGAGCUUGUUAGUCAUAUUUCUAGGAGGUCAAUUGAUGUUCUCAAAGCUAAUUAUAGGGAUGAUCUGACCCUUGAUGAGUGGAAGUUGGUUCAAAGACUGAAGAUCCUUUUCAAAAUACCAUGAUCAUGAUUGAAUAGAUUUGAGCUGUUGCCUUCUAUAAGAACAGAGCUUCCGAGGGCGGUCGGUUGUAAAUUUCUGAGGCUUGGCUUGACAGUAUGUUCGUUCAAUAUCCACAUUACUGUACAGUUCAAAUUUUGAUGUUAAUUACAUGGAUGGGAGGAACUCCUCCCCACUCUAGUUUUGAAUGAGGAAGCCCUCAUAAAGUGCAGCGCAGGAAUAGUGAGUGUUUUGUCUUGUAAGUAUUGGAUUCCUGUUCUGUUUGUUCCUGCAGUGUGGGGAAUGCCACAUCUUCCAGCCCUCCUGGUUCAAAUUAGAGAGUAAAAUGUCUACAAAUAUAUCCCAAACAUACCUGGAACUUUGCUCUGUUAAAAGCAAAUUUUUGUAUGAUAUCAUGAGAUGAUUAAUAAAGGACAACAAUCGCUUGCUUUGGUUGUCUUUCAGUCACAACUUUGCAUAAAUGAUUGUUGCAUGAGAAGUGUUAUUAACCUUGCUC